GCUGGAGGCGUGUCAGGGCUGGACCUUAUAGUCAUCAAAACAGCUAACCCAAGUCAUGGUUACCAGUAGUGCUUCCUCUGUUUUUGUGUCGGCAACACCUUCACCAUGUUUAUUUAUAUAGGAUUGAUAUUCGUGAUUGCCGUGUCAGCAGUACAUGGCGCCGUAUAUGAUGAUGCUUACUACUGGUCCAGAUAUGGAUAUUACGUUCAUCCUUUAUCGAGAGCAAUUGUAGCUGCGCAAAGUUCAGAUCCUUGCUCACCGAAUCCUUGCGGUACGAACACACAAUGUAACGUUGUAGGGAACAGGCCAGUUUGCAGCUGUCUAUCCGGUUAUUGGGGCGAUCCUCUACGCUAUUGUCAGAGGGGAGAAUGUUCAGGUUCCGAGGAUUGUCCUCAUUCAAAGGUAUGCCGAGAUUACCGCUGUGUGGAUCCCUGCGUUGGCCAGUGCGGGAACAAUGCAGACUGCAACGUAAGAAAUCACAUCCCUGUUUGCUCGUGUCCCGCUCAAUACACCGGCGACCCUCUCGUCAGCUGUAGACGCAUUGAUCCACAGGAGUUGUGCAAUCAAAGUCCGUGCGGUUCCAACACCCGUUGCGACGUGAUCAACGGAGUUCCAACAUGCUCCUGUUUACCCGGCUACGUCGGGGCACCUCUGUCCGGAUGUCGUCACGAGUGCGAAUCCGACUACGAGUGCUCCUCCAGCCAGUCUUGCCAAAACUUCCGCUGCACCUCCGUCUGUUCCACCGGAGUCUGCGCAUCAACGGCCAUCUGCGAAGUCAGGAAUCACCGCGCUGUCUGCUCUUGUCCCCAGGGAUACUUGGGAGACCCGUACGUAUCAUGCCGGGCUGAGUGCGACUCGAACAGAGAUUGCCCCACCGAAAAACCGGCCUGUAUUGGACAACGUUGUACAAAUCCUUGCAAUGGAGUUUGUGGCAUCAAUGCUAAGUGCGAGGUGCGAGGUAUCACACCCAUUUGUAGCUGUCCGCGUGAUAUGACUGGUGACCCGUUCGUCAGAUGCAGACCUUUCGAUAAAUACGACCUCUGCAAUCCCAACCCCUGCGGAGAGAAUGCCAAGUGCCAACCUGGCUUCGACAACACCGGGAAAGAACGGCCUGUAUGUACCUGUCUUCCAGGAUUUGUUGGAAACGCCUUGUCCUACUGCCGCCGAGGCGAAUGUACCUCCGAAAGCGAGUGUCGCUACGACCAGACCUGCUACAACUACGAAUGUAAGCCUGUGUGUUCGACACUUCAGUGUGGAGAAAGAGCCAAUUGUAAUGCCAGGAAUCACAUUGCCACGUGUUCUUGUCCUCCAGGCUACACCGGAGACGCACUCUCACGCUGUUACCCAGUGCCUGAUGCGUUGAUUGCUGGUAACAGGAGAGGACGAGUGUACUAUAACAAAAAGUAAACAUGCGCUUCUUCUUAAGGACCUGAACUUCGGAACCAUUUGUAAUAUAAGAAAAUAAGUACCUAGCUAGUAAGAUUAUUUAUAAAAAAGAAAAUAAAAUUAUUUAAAAUUUA